AUGCGACCCACAAACACCAACAUGACGCUGACUGUUCAGUUCAGUUCCCCUUUUUUUAGCCUUCGGUUCGACAGCUUCCCAAAGCGGCUUUAUCCUGUUCUGUUUGAAAGGCCGAUCAUGGAGCGCGCCGCUUUACCACUCAGGAACAAAUCAGGAUCUCACAUACAGGCUCUGAAGUCUCUGCUGGUUUACCUCUGGGAUGUUUACUCCAAACCAUCUCCGUCAGGCAGAGAAAUCCUUUCUCUGCUCUCUAUCUGCUCCACCUUCGCCGUCUUCACCGGUGGUCUGCUGCACCACUGGCUGUCACAGACUCUAAAAUACGACCAUGUUGCUUCGGUCCAGACCACCUGCUUCUACAGCGUAACCAUGCUGAUGGUCUCCUUCCUGUUCCACCCCCUGCGCUGCGUUCUCACUAUGACCCUGCCCACUGUGUGCACCAAACAGGGACGCAAACUCCUCAUCUCGGCCUCCGUCAUGAUUCUGGUGCUGAAUGUCAUCCCUAACAUCACGGUCAACGUAGGAGCAGUGGCGCGGAUCCUGAAGUGCACGGCUGAGGGCUUCACCAGGACCCUGCUGAACUCGUCUGAACCCUUCAACGAAGCAAAGCGAGACCUGGUCGAGGAAGCCAUCAGAGUACGGAGGGAGGACUUGAGCGUCGUCACCAAUUUGAGGAAGUUGGACCAUUUCACACAUGUUGACGUGUCAGAAGUCAGAAGCAUGUUUUCUAAAGUGAUUGGUCAGAUAGAGGUCAACUUUUCACACGCGAAGAACCUGCUGAGAGAAUACAAGCUGCUGUCAAACCGGAUCCUGGCAGCUGUUUUUGUUGCAUUACUGAUUAUUGAAUCUGCACGAUAUUUAAAAUCCUACCUGACCUCUGUUAAGUUUGAUAACCGCUUCAUCUCCGCGUCUUCUGAGGGGGAUGAACAGCGGCCUAAAGAUAAAAUCAGGGUUGCAGUUUGCAAAAUAACGAGUCAGGAGUGUACCUCUUCCUUCAUAUCUCUGGUCAUUGUGACGUUAUACUUCAUUGCAAUAACUUUAAUUGUAGUUUUAGAUUAUGUUGUGUAUCACAUAGUCCAGAUGAUCAUGCCCUGGGUCUUGGAUUUCCCACCAACAACUGCUGCUAUAACUGUCAGUUAUAAGGUUAACUGGUUUCCUCCUGCCUUCUGCAUUAUCCCUCAGUCAUGUGUCACACAGGAGCUGAUAAACUUCCACAAGGACUACAAGUGGACCUUCAACCCCGAACCAUCUCUCUGUGACGUGACAACGUCGGCUCCGAAGCUGGGCAUCGCUCUCCUGCUGGGAUGUCUGUGGCUCCUGAGCUACUUCAUGGCGUUUCUCGAAGUUUACGCCAGGCGGCUUCGCAGGAAAAUCUGCGCGUCGUUUUUUAGAGAGCAGGAAGAAAGAAGGAGAGCGUAUUUGACAAAGAAAUUGGAGGAAAAACAGAAGACGAGGAAGGAAAGGACAGCUAAAGCUAUUCAUGUUUGAAUUUAUUUUUAGAAGGUUUUGUAACAUGGAGGAAAGUAACAUUAUUUAACCCCAAAUACAAAUUAAUAAAAAAAAUAUACAAACUAGCGUCUGCUUGGAACAAUACAUCAAACAAGAAACAAUUUAAAUAUUUCAACAUAACUCUUAAUAGCUUCUCAAAAUUUACCACAAAAUUUCGAUUUUAAUGACCACUGUGGGUUAAAAAUCAUUUUGUUUCUUUAUAACAAGCAUCUGUAGUUAAUCAGUCAUUCAUUCAUUUAUGAAAAUCAGUUUCAAACAAACAUUUAAGUAGGAAGGUAAAUAUUCAGUCAAAAACUGUUGAUUUUAUACAUCCAAUGUUGAGCUGCUUCAUGAUCACUUGACUUAAAUAUUUAGCUCUAAAAUAAAUAUUUAGUUUGUAAACUAAAUCAGAUUAUUUGUUCACCCUCCAGAUGUACAAUUCUUGGAAAAACAUUGAUGGUAAGAGGCAACUUAAUAUUUACCAUGUCCAGUAGUGAAACUUCAACUCCUGUUUACAAGUUUUGGUUUUUAAGCUCAGGGUUUUUGGUGAAGAAAUGUCCUCCUUUAGCCAUAUUUCUAAAAUGCAAUGAAGUAUUUCAUGUGUUUUAAUUAAAGCAAACCUAAAUAUAAAAAACUCCAACUUUUACUUUGAAUUGCAUCUUGCCUGACAGCAAAAAAAAAAAGAACUGUUGUAGCUAAAGAAGCUGAUGUUGUGCUUCUUUUUAUAAAAAUUUUUUUAUUUAAAUGUCAUAUUGGAGUAUAA